AACACUUUUUUUUGUUAUUUAAUUCCUGGGGAAUCCCUCUAAUUUCUUCGAUUUGGGCAGUAAAUUUUUAGUUUCAGAAUUUUUUUCUCUUCCAUCACAAUCAAACAAAACUUUUUGGGUAUCUGCCUUGCAGUAGCAGAAAACAUAUUUCAGUCAGUUUCAAGUUUAACAAUUGAUUUCUGAUGAUGAGUAUUAGGAAGACAUUGAAUGGGACAAGAAAUUGGAGAGCCCACCUGCAGCUGUUCUGGUUGAGGCCCCCAUUAAUCCCAAGCCCCCAAACACAGCUUUCAAUGGUGAGAUUUUCAGCAAUCUUAAGAUCCCAGAGAGAGAUUUUACAGUGAUGUAAAAUCCAUUGGAUUGUCUUGAACUUGAAGGAACUUACAGAUACUGUAAACCUGUCAUCUUCUUCUUUAUUAAGCAGAUAUCCCCAGUUUAACCUCUGAAAUUCCAUGAACAUGCAACUUAUUUCAGUUGCCUCGUUGUCUUAUCCUUUUGUUUUCUCUGGGGUUUGUAGUGAGGAAAAAGAUGGGAGCUGCCCAUUCAAUCCAAACUUUCAAUUACUUCGUCUUCAGGGAGAAUAGAAUAUUGGCUUAAGCAUAUCUUUCAACUUCAUCAGCCUCAUUUUGUUUUUAUGAAUUGUGUAUUGUAUGAGUACCUCAGCGAUGAUUCAGUAGGUGAAGAUAUUUAGUCUUUCAUUGCUGUCGACUGCAGGUAAAGCACUGUGAAUAAGACAUGGAGAAGAUGUUCAGAGGAGUUGAACAAACUUUCAAGAAGCAAAGAAUCCUGAAGCCCCUGCAUGAAUUUUUGGAGGAGCAGCAGGAGCCCUUUUUAUUAGAAGACUAUCUUUUAGAUAGGCAGUACUCAAGUAAGAGAGCUUAUUCAUGCUCAAAUGGUGAUCUCUCCAAGGAGUGCUUGCAAGACAAUGAUGCAGGACAGAACCCUCGGGCUUGGUCUUCUUCUCGUUGCCUUCUGGAGAUGAAUCAUAAUCAGAAAAAGAAGAGAAGGAGAGCCUUUGCAGGUAAGAGCAGGAGAAACAACCUUGAUACCCUGGGGUAUUCAGAAGAAUAUCAUAUGGAAGAUGUCAAUUUCAGUGUAAAACGCCUUAAAUUCACAUUGCUGAAGGGGAAUGCUAAUGAGGUGAAGGGAGAACCGAGUGCAGGUCUUCUCAUGGGAAAUGUGGGCACUUCAAUUUCAGAAAGUGAAGGUGGGCUUAUCCAAUGCACAAAGUUUUUCAGCUUCAAAAAAGAAAAGAAAACAGAAAAGGGGAAGAAAAGCAAGGAAUCUGAAGCAAAGAAGAUUGUCAAGUGCUCUUUAUUGAAGUCCAUUCUGAGAAGAUUAACACUUACUAAGCAUUUGCUGCCAAACAUUCAUACUGAUCUUGGGAAUGUUUCAAAGAAGCUUUCCAUUGCUAAAACAAAGUUGAGCUGCAAGAUUAGUAAGGAUGAAUUUUGCAGACAUGAUCAAAGUCAGCUCCGCAUAUGUGAUAUUGUCAGUUGGAAUUCGUUCAAAGAAGCACAACUUACUGGAAACAAUCAUGGCGCUUCUGUAGAUAAAGGAUGUAUCCUAUCAAAAUCUGCUACAUUCCCAGAGUUAAGGGAAGUGAACUCCUUUUGUGCCAAGGAAGCAGGGGAUCUCCUGCAAACGAGUAAUGCAAAUUCUCUAGAAAUUGAUGUGGACUGUAAAAAGAAGAAGAUGGAAUUGCAAUCUGUUAUGGGGGAAAGUAAUUCGCAAAGCUUGGACUUCUCUCGUACAAGCAGUAGCUCGUUUGAUUCCUGUUUCGACAGUGAAGUGGGAUCAAUAUCAGGGGAAAAGCUUUCCUCCAAUAAUAGCUUUGAGGAAUCAAGGAGAGACAAGCCCCUCCCUCCUCAAGGGAUUGUGACUUGUGCUUUAGAAUCAACAGGCUCUUCUGUCUGUCUUUCAUUAGAUAGAAAUGAAUAUCAAGUAAAAGAUUAUCAACCUGGCCUGAGAAAUGGCUUGGAUCAAUCAUCAUGGGCUACUACAGUAUGUGAUACUGAUGAUACAGCUGAUUCAUAUGAAAAGUUGCAUUCCUCAAACAAUGCUCUUACUCAAGAUUAUGUGCUUUCCCCCAUACCUACUCUUAAGAGCUUGAAGGUCCUUCAGAAUUCAAGAGACGAGGAAAGUCAUGUGAUUAUUUCAGAGUGCAUGAAGGAUGAUGAUUUGAGAUCCGUCGAAAUGAACUACAGUUCUCAAGAAGAUGAGGAUGAGGAAAAUGUUUACAGUGCUCAUGGACUUCGGCAACAGAAUAGGGAUGUUCAUUAUCAUGGGGAAAACCAAGAAUAUGCAUCAGAAAUGGGGUGUUGUGUGGAGAGUAAAGAGCUAAGUCCAGUUUCCGUUCUAGAAAUUCUCUUUGAAGAAGAGAAUUCAUCAUUUGGUCCAAGUUCUGCUUGCAGACAGAUAACCGAGCAUCAUUUGCUUCAGAGAUUGACCAAAGAUGCCUUAACCUUAGAACACAAAUCCCUGGGAAAAGAGCCUUCUCAGAGUGUAUAUAGAACUUUGGAUUUCAGUCUUUGGAGUGAGGACAACAUUGAUGGCUCUCAAAUACCCAAUUUGAUCAGGAUUUCACCUCAGAUUAGCCCCGUACAGUGUCAGGGGGAAAUAAAUUGGGAACAAGGUGGAGCAGAUGAGCAUAAAAAGGAAGUGCUGAACUCACAAGAGAUACUUUCAUGUCUGACAGAUUCAAAUAAAAGAGAAUUCCAAGAUAUGUCUUGCUUUCGACCUUCAAAGAGGAAAGAAAUGCCAAUGCAAGCAGGCAAUCUUCUCUUUGAUUGUGUGAAAGAGGUCUUGGAAGCCCCCUGUAGAAAACAGUUUAAUAGUGGGGUUUCACAAGAACCGUGGUUGAAACAUUGUUAUGUUCCAGAGCAGUUGGCAAUUGCAAUAUGUGAUCAGAUUUAUUCAUGGACAGAGACAGAUACAAGUGUUGUAGAAAAUCUUGUAGAGCUGGCAUGGAAGAAAGAAGCAGAAGAUUGGACAAAGUUCUGGGAAGAGACAGAUGAGAUAGGAACUGAGAUAGAAGUAGAUAUAUUUGGACUGCUGAUUGAAGAGCUGGUAGCUGAUCUUGCUUGUCUUCAAACCUGACAUAAUUCCACUCCAUGAAAAUCAGUACUUGCUAUUUUGCAAGGACCAGUACUGUUUUUGCUCAGCUUUUACAGAGGCUCAAAUGAUUACUAUAUGCUUCCCAUUCAAUUCUGAUGAAGAUCAUAGCAUCUGCUUCGGUAGGGAAUGCAUUUCUCAUAAGGCACUUGUGCAUCUAUGUAAUCUUGGAUAUGUAAAUACAAACCCCAAAUAAAUGGAUCAAGAUAAUUGGAGGUGUCA